GCUGACGUGAAGUAGACAGACACCUUCUGAAGUUUUAUGCAUGCUGUGUUUUUUCUUCUUGCUGCAACAGGAAAAGCCUUUCUUUUAACCUGGCUGCCUUUGAAGAAGUGACUCAGACAUCCUCAUGGCCUGUAAAGAUGCACAGGACCAAAGAAGUAGAGGUCUGCCUGGCUUUCUUCCUGGAGCUCCAGCCCCUGACCGCAGCUUUCACCUCUCAUACCCCCACCCAGAGAACCAAGUGUGGCAGCCAGCUCUCCCUCGGCCAGGCAGUCUUCCUCCUGGGCUAGAAUAUUUAAGCCAGUUUGAAAAUAAAUUUUCAGACCUGAUAAUUAUACACCAGCAGGUGGAGCUUCUUGGAAUGAUACUUGGCACUGAGACCUCCAACAAAUAUGAGAUUAAAAACAGUUUGGGACAAAGAAUUUACUUUGCAGUGGAAGAAAGCAUCUGCUUCAAUCGUACUUUCUGUUCCACACUUCGAGCUUGCACUCUGAAGGUCAUGGAUAACUCAGGUCGGGAGGUGAUUACAGUAAACAGGCCCUUGAGGUGUAAUAGCUGCUGGUGCCCUUGCUACCUGCAAGAGUUAGAAAUCCAAGCCCCUCCUGGUACUAUAGUUGGUUAUGUUGCACAGAAGUGGGACCCCUUUCUGCCUAAAUUCACAAUCCAAAAUGCAAACAAAGAAGAUAUUUUGAAAAUUGUUGGUCCUUGUGCAACAUGUGGCUGUUUUGGCGAUGUGGAUUUUGAGGUGAAGACCAUUAAUGAAAAACUUACAAUUGGGAAGAUUUCAAAGUACUGGUCAGGAUUUGUAAAUGAUGUCUUUACCAAUGCUGACAACUUCGGAAUUCAUGUUCCCGCAGAUCUAGAUGUGACAGUCAAAGCAGCAAUGAUUGGUGCUUGUUUUCUCUUUGAUUUUAUGUUCUUUGAACAUUCACUAGCUGGAUUAUAACAAGCGAGAUGACAAAAACAAUCAAGUAUGCAAGAACAUGUUUCAAAAUCCCUUGGGCUCUGGAUUUCAUUUCUCAAUGGUUUGCAAUAUUUGCUUUUUUUGUAACAAAUGUUAAUUAUUACAUUUAUUAAAGCAUAAUGUAAUGAAGCAA